AUGGGACGCCUAUCAAAACGUGCGCUAAAAAACAAAGAAGCCAAGUCACGGUCCCGUGACAAUGAAAGUUUUCGUGUACAAGAACUUGAAAAUGAUAAAUUAAGAAAACGGUUAUAUCUUGCUUCACAAGAUAUAACAAAUCAAAAAAAAAUUCUUAAUUUGAAAUGUACAAAAAAACGAUUACUAGAUCCGGUGAAUAAAUUAAAUAACCAGAUCACCAGUCGUCAAAACAUGGACAAACGUUUGCAUAUCCUGUGA